AAAAAAAAAAAAAGUAAACACAAUCCUAAGUAAAAAAGAAAAAAAAACCCUUCAUCCAAAGUAAAAAAGAAACAAAACAACAACACGCCGAUGGUUGCGAACUUUCCCACUUCGCAACAACACGUUACAUAAGCGCACUUUUUGGCACCGUCUCAUGAGGAGGUUCCUGCUGACCGUGGCUUACUGUGGCACCAAUCUCAGGGGUGUUCAGAAACAGUUGGAUGAGGGAGUGAAUGGGAAGGCAUGCAGUGUGCAUGGAUUGCUGGAAAAUGCCUUAGUCCACCUGCGUCCAGCCAACCCCCCAGAUCUCUAUAUCUCAAGUCGCACAGAUGCUGGUGUCCAUGCACUCUGUAAUACUCUUCAUGUGGACUUGGAACGCCCACCCUCUCAGCCUCCAUACGAACCCGAAUACAUCACUAUUGGUGUAAAUCGCUUUUUCCAGAAGAUAAAAACUGAUAUCAGAGUUCACAGAACAGUUCAUGUUCCUCCUACUUUUCACUCGAGAUUUGACGCAGUUGGGAGAACCUACCUGUACCGUCUAGCUGUCAUUAAGCCCGAGGCAGACUUGUCCCAAUGCCAGCUGCGCAGUUUCGAUGCUUUGAUACCUAUUGGAGAAUUACAUAGGUCCUAUCUUGUGAAGUCUUCCUUAGCUUCUCCCAACUCUAAUGAGGUAACUUUUCCGUUUCAGAUUACAAUCACAGAGGGUCGACCUCUUCUGGAUCCAGCCUUUGAGCCUCUUUACGGCAAUCUUCAGUUCUGGGACAUCAUUGUGAAGUCCAGGUCUUUCUUGUACAGACAGGUACGAAGGACAGUGGGUGUGCUAGUGGCUUUGGGCCAGGGGCGGAUUUCCUUUGAUGACUUUCAUCAAAUGUUAAGUUCUCCUAGUCGUGACAGCUGGCCAUCACGAGCCAUCACUGCACCACCUGCCGGACUAUACCUCGUCAAUGUGCAUUACCCUCCAGAGGCCUUGCGUUUCCCUUAUCCUGACUUCAGUGCUGUUGAAAGCUGGGAAGGAGAUGAGAAACCAAGAGCCUUAUCUGUGCCUUUUUGUAUCAAGAUCUUUCACAAAAUGUCAAGCUUAGCUCAGCAGUUAGAGGCCAAGCGCACAAACUUGCGACACACGCAGACACAAGUGACCACACCAGAUGGCCAGUCCAAGAUUGAAGACAUUCGCCCAGAUGGGACACAUGUUGUCAGAGUGUUAGCACCUCUUAGCCCAGGGUUUGUGGUCGAUACAAAGCCUGACCUGAGAUAUUCCCCCAUCCUCACAAAGCUGGUCUUGGGGUCACAGGAUGUUGCCCAUGACCUGGAGCUUCUCCAUAAAAACAAGGUGACUCACAUAUUGAAUGUUGCAACUGGGGUUAUAAAUCUCUUUGAGGGCUGGUUUACGUACAAAACAAAGGAGGCCUAUGACACCCCAACCUGCCGCAUAAUUAACAUUUUUGACGAGUGUUGUGAGUUCAUCCAUGAUGCUAUAAUGGCUGGAGGUUGUGUACUUGUACACUGUAAUGCUGGUGUAUCUCGUGCUGCAUCCAUUGUAAUUGCUUAUUUGAUGAAGCACUAUGGCAUGAAUUAUGAUGAAGCUCACAGGUUUGUGAAGUCCAAGAGAUCUUUCAUUCGCCCAAAUGUAGGUUUUGUUGAGCAGUUGAAAGAGUAUGAAGCAAAAUUGUCAAAAUGACAAAAAGCAAAGGCUGUGCCAAAGAAACCUAGGCUCCUACUCUACUGA